GAGAGAGAGAGAGUACGAUCACUCGAGAGAAUAUCAAACCUCCAUAGUCAUCAUUACCGGUCACCGGCAAAACCAUGUCAGUCACCGGACCGUUCAGUCACUCAACAAACCUUAACCCAUCAGCUCCGGAGUUCUUACCUGCGAAAAAACCAAACCCAAACCCCAUCCCUUUCUUUAUUCCGACAAGAAUCUACCUCCCUCUUCCUCCUCCUCCGCCGCCGCCGCCGUCUUACCCUUCUUUCUUCAGUCUCCCUCCACCUCAUCUUCUUCCACCAACUUCAGUAGUACCAACAAGAGCCUUGAUGCUAUUACCAGUCCCCGGUGACGUCACCGAGUCAUCUAUAAGACAAGACAUGGAACAUUUCGGUGAGGUUCGUGGAGUUCAAAUGGAGAGAGCAAAUGAAGGAAUCGUGACCGUCUACUUCUACAACCUAAGAAACUCACAGAGAGCUUUCAAUGAGAUACGUUACCGUCACAUGCAACAACAACUCCUCUUCACGGCGGCGCGUGGUCUCGUCUCCGAUCAACGCCUUUGGGCUCAUUUCGUGUACCCUCAACGCAAUGCUGUUCCCGAUGGUAACAAUCAAGGCUCUCUCGUGCUUAUGAACUUAGAACCCUCCGUCUCUUCCACUACCCUUCGUCAACUUUUUCAAGUUUAUGGAGAAGUGAAGCAAGUGAGAGAGACACCAUACAAGCGAGAACAAAGAUUCGUUGAGUUCUUUGACGUAAGAGACGCCACAAGAGCUCUCCUUGAGAUGGACGGCAAAGUUAUCUCCGGUAAACCAAUCCUUAUCCAGUUUAGCCGUCCCGGUGGUUUUACCAAGAAACACUUCUUCGCUUCAAGCUUCCAUAAAAACUUCAUCUUUAAUAACAACCACUAUCAUCCGCCGCCGCCACCACCACGGAUGAUGAAGUCGUGUAAUCAAAUGUACGGGCGACAACAGAGGAAGAAGCCAAAGAAGUAUCUAACGAAGAAUCUUGGCGAUCCUCGUUUCUUGAUAAGCGAAAACGCUACUGCCGCCGGCGAGUUCAGAGACAGACGAACCACCGUGAUGAUCAAGAACCUCCCAAACAAGUACAGUCAGAAGCUGCUUUUGAAAAUGCUGGACAAACAUUGUAACGACUGUAACAAAGAGAUAAUCAAAGAAGGGAACAAAACAGCUAUGUCUUCUUAUGACUUUGUCUACCUCCCUAUCGAUUUCAGCAACAAAUGCAAUGUGGGAUAUGGGUUUGUGAACAUGACAUCACCAGAAGCAGUGUGGAGACUUUACAAGACCUUUCACAAUCAACGUUGGGGAGUUUUCAACAGUAGGAAGAUCUGUGAGGUCACUUAUGCUCGAAUCCAGGGUCUUGAGUCGUUGAAAGAACAUUUCAAGAACGCAAGACUACCAGGAGUAGACAUGGAGCAGAACAAGUACACGCCGGUUCUAUUCACUCCGCCGCGUGAUGGGCGGUUGCUGACGGAGCCUACGGUCAUUGUUGACCCUUGGGAUGAUGAUAAUAAAAAGAAAGAAGGAGUGUCCGACAAGAAGAUGGACGGAAGUGAUGGUUGUCAUGGUGAGAGAAUCGAAAACGGCGGCGUUUGAAAUGACGUAAGGGCCAACAAAAAAAAG